UAGUAAGGGAGUUUCAAAUAGAUAGCCCGAGUGGAAAUCUGCAUAUUCACUGAGGCCCAAUUCUCAAAACCCAUGUAUAUAAGGCGGGACUUUCAUUUCCAUUCGCUCCCAAAAUCCAAAACCAUUUUCAGAGAUGAGCAUUGCUUCCAGUUCCCUUCCAGAGCUGUGUCUACAGUUAAUUUCUUCUGCAUUUCAACGAUGCCGCGCCUCCGACGACCUCUGCAGACUCUCCGUCGUUCUCCGGCGAUCUCCGCCUUCCAAUCUCGUUCGAAUUUCAGUUUCGGAUACUGGUGUUGGAAGCUGCGUGGAGGAGUUUGAAGCCUUGAAGCUUUGCAGGGAGGCUUUUGGGGGUGAGAUUUGGGAUGGAUUGCUUUCCGUCACAACCACCGGUUUUGGUGAUAAUGAGAUAUAUCACUAUGAGUUCAAUCUAAAAGAGGCUGUGUCUGCCACAAGGUUGACCAGGCUGCCUUCGAAUCCUAAGAAUGGGCAGAAAUUCAGUGGGACUGAAGUAUGUCUGUCGAUUUUUGAAAGCGUUGAUGUUUUGCUAGGAGAGAUUAGUCGCUUCUUUCAGAAGAUCCUCAUUCUAAAGAUCCCUAAUGUUGCAAUUCAGCUGGUGGCUGAGCAUGGGGAUGUUCCUGGAUCACGAUAUGAAAGUGUUUUUCUGGCAAAUGAAUGGAAUCCUUUACCUUUCUCAGCUUCAAAUCUUGAACGUUUAAAGUCAGGCCUUGAAGACUAUGUUUUUAAGCAUGGAAAUACAUUAGGAAAAAAUUGCGAGUCAUGCUUCUCAAAUUGGGAGCAUCUCAAGGUUGGGACUGGAGUAGCAUGCCACACAGAAAGCCGUAGAUAUUCUGAAUCAGUUAUGGAAGCUGUGAUUGUAAUAAGUGAAAUAUCAGAGCUAGCGAGUACUUGCCUGAGGACAUGUGAGGCCAAAACAGAGGUUUUGUAUUUCAAAGAUUUCUCACCUUGCCCAAUUUCCCAAUCAUCUGUGAAGGCAUUAACAAGCAUUGACUGGAAAAGUUAUGGAUUGACUUUUGGGGGCGUUGUGGAGCAGGGUGGCUAUGCAUUACUGAAAUGGGAUAACUUGCCACCAUAUGUUCAAAUUGACAUUUCCCUCCACCACUACCAUAACCAGGUUACAACACCAUCAGCAAGGCUAAAGAUGCAACCUGAUCAAAAACUUGUAAAAAAGGCAGUUAAAUUUGCAUUGAAUGAUUUGAAGGACAAACAUGCUGGAGUUCUUCUAAGUGCCCAUGCCCUCAAGGUUCGUGACUGUGCCCCUGAUCUUGCAAAAACAAUUUCUAGCCUAAUCCUGUGCUCCAACGACUCAAAUUUCCGAGAAGAAUGCUUUUCUUUUCUCGGUUUACCAUUUCAAGGAGUAGGAAGUGAACUUGUUGAAGACUGUAUAAAGGAAAAGAUCAUUUCAGUCAUAGACAUGAACGACAGAGAACAACCCCAGAGAAGCAAAGAAGUUCCAACUUUUCUUUUUGAAGAUGAUCACUUCCAGGAUUCAGGGUCUCAAGAUGAGGAAUAUGAAGGUGAGGAUGCUUUUACCUCUAUGGAUAUAUAAACUUGAGCAAUCCACAGAGGGCAUGCCGAUAUGAAUUGGUAAAUUAUAAAUAACUGGUAGAUUACAUAAGGAAAAGGCCUUGCUCAUAUAGUUAUGUUUUAAAUCAUUUCUGUCAUUGUCAUCUUACACAUUCAAUCAUAAAUUCAUAAUCGUUCAGUGCAUUGAUCGCAUGCUCCUGUCACAUGACUAAUAUUCCUUCUGUAUUGUCAUCUCAUCAGUUGAAUUGAUUUUUUUUUUCCUUCCUC